GUGGCUCAUCCUGCUAACAGACGAUCUUUGGGGUGCCGGUGUUCUCCCCUCAGCUGACACCGAGAAACAACCCGGGAGGAACCGCCGCUGUCAGUCCGUUCAUCUCACCUGUUACCGGCCGGUGUUACUGCCACUGCCACCUCUGCUGUCUCUUCUCUUCGGGUUUAAACAUCGGUCGUAUUUUGUGGGAUGCUAAUAUGUACUGAUUCACCCUGCAAGCGAUGAAUGAAACCAGCACCGAGGGGACCGCACCGGCGGAGGUUCUGUUGACUGCGGGCGGCCGAGCCCCGCUUGUCGGGCUGGACGGAGGAUGGAGCCGAGGCUGAGCGGGGAUGGCAAGCCGUCCGUGUCCUGGUCCCUCCUCGGCCCUGCUCUCAUCCUCUCCCUCCUGGCUGUGUUGGUAAGCUGCCAUGGGACCUGCAAACACCGAGCCCCCCUUCCCGACGAGGUUGUCCAUCAUGUCUACCUGAAGCCCGAGCGUCUGACCAAGAGAAGCUCUCCUGACGACCUUCAGCUGAAGAUUAAGAUCAUCUAUGACUACAGUGUUGACCAGCUUCCUGCAGACAAGAGGAGACUGGUGAAGGAUAAACUGUUUCCUCAGGCCAUUGACUACCUGCAGAGGGCAUUCAGCGUGAGGCGCAGGGUGGGGCCUGUGCUCCUCAGCAGACAAUGUGCAACCAACCAGUACCUGAGGAAGAGAGAUGACCCUCAUCGCUACUGCCAGGACGCGUGUGCAGACGUCACCCGAUGUGGCCCUGUCAUCGUACCACAGCACCACCUGCAGCAAUGCAAGGUGUGCAGCGAGUCUGGGAAGUCAUGUGGUCCCUCAGGACCCCCAGAUGGCCCUGGAGUGGAGGGGUCCGACUUUGUGCUAUACGUCAGCGGCAUCACCACAGAACGCUGUGGACAGGAGAACAUAGUGGCCUACGCUGCUUACUGCCAGCUGGAGGCAGAGCUGGACAGACCUAUAGCUGGCUACGCCAACCUGUGUCCUGCUAUGAUCUCCUCUCAGCCUCAGGAGUUUGAAGGGAUGCUCUCCACCGUCAAACAUGAGAUCAUCCACGCUCUGGGGUUCUCAGCGGGUCUGUUUGCCUUCUACCACGACGACGAGGGCAAACCUCUGACUCCUCGCUUUGCCAGCGGCCUGCCCGCCUUCAAUGAGAGCCUGGGUCUGUACCAGUGGAGCGAGGCGGUGAUCAGAAGGGUCAGUAGACUGUGGGACAUCAAGGGAGGGGUGAUGGUACGACACCAAGUCCACGUCCUUGUCACUCCUCGUGUCGUGGAGGAGGCGAGGAGACAUUUUAACUGUCCCAUCCUGGAGGGGAUGGAGCUGGAGAACCAGGGAGGGACGGGAACUGAACUGAACCACUGGGAGAAGAGGCUGCUGGAGAAUGAGGCGAUGACGGGCUCCCACACCCAGAACCGGGUGUUUUCUCGGCUGACGCUGGCCAUCAUGGAGGACAGCGGCUGGUACCGAGCCAACUACAGCCUGGCUCAGAGGCUGGACUGGGGCCGCGGCCUCGGCUGCGACUUCGUCAUGAAGAGCUGCAAGUUCUGGAUGGACAGACAGAGACAGAGACGACACGCUGUGACUCCGUACUGUGACACAGUGCGAGCCUCUCCUCUGCAGCUGACCUGCAGACAGGACCAGCUGGCUGUUGCUGUCUGCAACCUGCAGAAAUACCCACAGGAACUUCCGCUGGAGUACCAGUAUUUUGAAAGGAUCCCAGACGUGGAUGCUGAUCAGUUGUCGUUCUUCGGGGGCGCUGUGGAGAUCGCUGACUAUUGUCCUUUCAGCCAGGAGUUCAGCUGGCACCUCAGUGGAGAAUACCAGAGGAACUCCUACUGCAGAGUGUCUGAGAACCAGCCAGACUGGUGGAGGAAUUAUGGAGCGGAGCAGUACGGCCCGGACUCAGUGUGUCUGUACCAGAAGUCAGCGUUUGUUAUGGAGCAGUGCACCAGGAAGAUGACGUACCCUGACUGGGGCUCUGGAUGCUACAAGGUGUCGUGUUCAGCUCAGGGCCUGACGGUGUUCGUUCAGGAUCGCUCCUACCUCUGCGUCCGUAAAGGUCAGCUGCUGAGUGUCAGCGUUCGAGCCAACGACUGGGUUUACAACGGCGUCCUGAUCUGCCCCGCCUGCACCGACAUCUGUGACGACUGUCCUCUCCCCCACCAGCUCCCACCCAUCAACACCUCCAGGAGUAACCCCAUUGACCCCUGCUCCAGUUCUCCAGGUCUGGCCACCACUCUGUGGCUCCUGCUGCUCAACCUGCUCCCCCUGGUGGCUGGACUGCUGCUCUGCCACUGCAGCUGAUAAAACACACACUUGCACAUAUAAACUCACACACUACGGUAGCUGGACCUAAACACUCUCCUGUAGUCCUCUGUGGAUCUGGGCUGCAGAUUUUUACUCUCCAUUCUCCAUCUUGUGUUUGAAAAAACCUUGUCCCCUUCCUGCCUCAUACCCUUCCUUCCUCCUCCCGUCUUUUCUUUCGUCCAUCGUUCCUUCCUCAGGACCUCCACUCUUUCAUUCCUCUUUUUUCUCCAUUCCUCUGUUCAUUUCAUGAACAAACUGAGGAUAAACUGUAUCUCUCACCACUGUCAGGGAUCUUUGUGUGUGAAGCUUCAUUCAGGUGUCUGUCCAGUGCAGCAAACUCUUUAUCUUCUGGAUUCUCCGGUUUUUAACAUCACGUUAUUUCUUUGGCCUAAGACAGUAGACCGGACACUUCCUGUCUGUUCUGUGGCCCAGCAGGAAACCUCCUCGACAAUUCACAACAUGGGAUCUUCCUACUUCGUUAAAUUACCUUUUUUUUUUCCUUUACUCCGUGGUGAGCACAGAUCCUUUCUUGCUCAAAUACACUUGAAGAGAUGAGACUGAAGAUCCUGAAGGACCGACUGUGGAUCGUUCAAAUUCAAAGCCUAAUUUCUUUGUCACUACAGCUGCCUCCUGUCUCCAAUCAACCCAAACCAGGAGGGACUUUAAACAGUUGGACUGCAGGAUGGUUCAUGACAGAUAUCAAAGUUUAAAACUACUUUUUAGCCUACUCUGAUGCUGAAACAGUCUUCUUCCUCUGACUGACACAACAUCUCUGCAGUUUGGCGACUCCUGGUGGCAGCAGGAGGUAACUGUUUAUUUAUUUUUUAAGUUAGAAGGAUCUUUUAGCCAGAAAACCUGUACUGUAAAUACAAAUAUGACUCUUUCCUGAGAUGCAUUUCCUGUUGUUUAGAAGCAGGCGUUUUCCUCCAAUUCAGACAAACAGGAUCAAUCUGUAGCAGUGAUCUGACAUUGUUGGAAUUUACUGAUAAGCCAAGUGUGUUUUUGCCCAGAUCAGACACAGACUCCAACAACAGACGUGUUUCAUUUUGUUCAGUCAUCAAAUUAAUUAACAUUAAUUAGUGAUAUGAGCUGCAGCCGGAGUCAUUUGUCAUGUUAACCAGUGACAGUGACGGACAGCGCCGGCUCAACACGAGGAGCUGUUGUCUGACAGUUUUGUAAAACUUAGCUUUACUGAUGAUAAUUAUUGCUCUGUGAAUUUGUGCGUUUUGCCAACCUCUGUGUCCAAACAGUUUCACUCACUGGCAGGCAGUGGUGGACAAAACAAAGCAGAACCCAGUUAAAAAACACAGCAGAGUCUUUAGCCAGUCCUUUAAAAUCUUCCCAAGAUAACAGAUCAGGGCUUCUCUUGUUUAUACAAAUGGUAGCCACCAGAAAAGUACAAAGUAAGUAAUAGGAUCCAACGUGUCUCCCUAACAUGCAGAGGCUCCAGAAAGCAGGUUUAGUGAAAACUCUGAGUUGGUUAGCCCUGAGUAGAUGGAAACUGUGCUCGCCGGCAGGUUUCCCUCUGUCUCCUCGGAGCCAUCAGACACAUUGUUUUAUUCCAUCACUGAUUACAGUCAAAGUUUGUUCAUUUUCAGAACAUCAGAGCCAUAGCUGGUCAUUAGAUCUUUUCUAGUGUUAUCAGUCGUCAGUCAUUGUCUUUGAGCAGUGAUCUCUGCCCUCACAUUCAGACAUGGUGGAGUCACCCUCAGCUCAAAAUGAAAUCUAUGCACUGCCCUUGUUUUGUAUGAGAGGUGGUUUUCUUUAUAGCAGUGUGAUGCUGGGCACAUUGAGGCUGUUAAAACCAGUGGGAAACAGUGAAUUGGUAAAUACCCAUCCAUCCAUUUUCUUUCACUAAUCCGGGGUCAGGUCACAGAGGCAGUAGGCUCAGGACAGCAUUCCAGACUUCCCUUUACCCUGUAACUCUGUCCAGCUCUUCAGCCCAGGUGAGAAUAUGAAAUCUCUCCAGCAAGUUCUGGUUCUACCCUGGGGUCUCCUUCCAGUUGGACAUGCUUGGAAAACCUCCAACGGAAGGAGCCCAGGACGAUCCUGAUCAGAUGUCCAAACCACCUCAACUGGCUCCUUUUGAUACAAAGGAGCAGCAGCUCUACUCCGAGCUCCUCACUCUGUCUCUAAAGCUGAGCCAAGAGACAUUACAGAGGAAACUCAUUUCAGCCUCUUAUACGUACCAUCUCAUUCUUUCGUCUUUCGGUCCCUGCUCAGAGCUCAUUACCCCAACUGGUAGAUUGAGAGCUUUGCCUUCUGGCUCAACCCCCUCUUCACCACACUGCCUCCCUUUGGAGCCAGACCUGAGAGAGGAGUUUCUGGUGGCCAGGCUUUCAACCAUAUGGCACACCACCUGCAGGGUCGGGUACCUCAUUGGCCGGACGGCAAUCCAGGCAUGUCGACUCCUGGUAUUGCAGACUGGUUGUAGGGACAUUAAUUGGGGUUAGUCAACUCAGAGUCUGAACUUAGGUUCAGUUUGUCACACCUGCUUUCUGGUCCCCAUUUAAAAACAAUAAGACACUGAAAACCUCAGAAUUACUGUGCUGUUCCCAAGACAGUUUUUAUCAUCUUGAUGUGGAGGUGCACAAACUGUACAGCUAAUCUCAGGUGAGGCGUACUGAUCACAAGACUCUGUCUGUUGGACAGACACAGAAAUGAUAUAAAAUGGCAGAUAUUCCAUUCACCAUCUCAUUAUCACUUACCUUCAUUCACUACCUUUUUUUUUAGUCAAGUAUCAGCACUUUUAUUUUAGUAAAGGAUCUGACUACUUCUUCCACCACUGUCCAACAUCCAAUACUUGCACUGGUGGUGCCACAGAGAUUUUGGAAAACUAUACUGAGAGACAGCACUGGCAGGAAUCCAAUGGUGCUUAAACAAAUAUAUCAUUAAAAUACACUUUAGGACUGUUUUAUUACAGAUGUAGAAUUUUAGAGCAAUGUUUUGUUGAUCAUUUCUAUACUGACGGAGACACUGAAUCUCCUCUCCCUGUGCUGCUUCAUGGAGUAACUCUGUUUCUAAAUCAAGGUCCAGUGUUAAGGUUGCAUUCACACUCUGCAUGUUGUUAGAGGCUGUUAAUGUCUUUUUAGUUCAGUUGCUUGAGCCAAAUGAGAACAAUGACCUUUGUCGUCUGGUGUAAUCAGAGACACAGACGCUGAAAGAAACUGUAUGCCCAAAUACAAGAGUCUAUAUGCAGGAGCAGAUGUCAUUUGAAUACCUAAAUGUAUGAUGAAAAAAUGUGAGUUUAUUGUUUGUCUAUUUGUUUGUUGUGUGAUGUUGUGGUCGAGAGACGAUUGAACUGAUGACACACUUCCAGGGAAAAUGGUUUUCUUCAUUUUACAGAAGUCUUUAAGAGAGAGACGGCAGGCAGCUGGGGAUUUACUGUUAUUUCAUCUUUUUUGUUUUAUAUGUGAUUAUUUAAAGGUGGCAUAUGUAGGUCUUUGCUAUUACUACGUAGUUAAUGUUAGCAUUAACAGCUGUUUACUCACAAAGAGCUUCAGCCACUGUUGCAUUUACAAGAGGUUAGAAUACGUCCUCUGGACAGCGCUACUUCUUCAUCCUCUACACAGAACUUCAGUAGAAGGACAGAAGUGAUAGAAAUGAAAACAAAACAUUGGCGUUUCUUUCCACCUCUGGAGACAGCUGUUGCUGAGUGAAGGAAUGACAUUUGAUGCUGAACUGACAAAGUUCCUUCUAGACUGGUGUUUAAACAGCUGUGAAUGCUAUCGUUGGCUGUCUAACAAAAGCAAAACUUUCAUAUAAUACCUUAAAAAAAUCUGAUGUUUGUCUGUCUGACCAGUUCUGAGGUUGGUCUGCAUCAUAUCGUGUUCACAUCUUGGGUGUAAACACAAAGAGGACAAAAUCAGAAUCACCUGUAGAACACCCUUAGAUUUAUGGAACACAUUCAUUCUCUCCAGAGGAUGAACCCUGAAUAUUGUAAUUACAUAUCAGGGCUACAGAGCAUGACAUUAAAGAACAUUGACAGAAGUAAUAAAUGAAAAUCAGGUCAUAAGAUAAAAAAAAAAAAAAAAAAACAAAUGCGUAGAUUUAGUGUUUGAAAGAAUCAUUGCUUGUUCUUCUUCAUUCAGCUCAUUUUGACGUCAGUUUUGGAAUGAAACUCUUCUUCUGUUGCUCUGUAGCAUCAAUCGUUAAUUCUGGUUAAAGUGCAGCUGAUGGUCGUAGUUUAAGACACUUCUGCUCUGUGUUUGCACUAAAGCUAAAGAACAGGCCUUAAUGCUAAGGGACUUCUCUGUUUGGUUGAGUUGAAACAAAGGAGAGUGAACAGAGAGUUUUUAUUUAUUUAUUCAAACCCACAGAUAUAGUUUUUCAUCCAUGUUCUGUAACAUGUGACUGAGCAGAGGUGUCAACAGGAAGAGUGAGCAUUGAACAAAAUGAACAAGCAUUUGUUUGAUGUUCUCAUUGUCUCUGUGUUGAAACUGUGAUGACUGAUGCACUGCAGAGCUUUGUGUCAGGAUUGUCGAUCACCUGAGGAAGAUGAUUUCACCUCUGUCCACUUUUUAUUCUUUUAAAUUUCACCUAAACCUGACUCUGAACGUGUUGUCUGGCUGCAGGAGAUUGUGUUUUUAUUUAUUUCUUGUUCUGAAGAUGUUUAUUGCGAUGACUGAAGUUGCACUGAGUUGAGGAAAUCUGAUCUGAGGAUAUUGUUUUGAAAUAAACUGGAAAAAUCAG